AUGCUUUCCCGACAGGUAGCCCUUGCAGUGCUCAUUGCCGUGGCUCAUGCCCGCUUUAACCAGGAACAAAUCCCGAUCCCUGAUAUUGCUGCAGUCAAGGGCGGUGAUCCUGGCGCUGCAGCCACCAUCGCUGGUGCAGCCAUCAGCGACUUGCUUGCCGGGGCCAAUGCCUGCGACAAGUUGAAACGUGGUGACCAGAUCCUUGCAGAACUUGGUACUGAUGCCGAUGCCAUCGCUGCCGCCAUCGGGAUGGUUGCUGCCGAGAAGAACUUCAAUCCCUUCGUCCAGGAUAUCCCCACCAUCUGCAGUGACCCGACCCUGCCCGCCAACGAGCUCCUGCGUGGCAUUACUCCUCAGAUCGAUCCCAAUGUGGAUGGAUCUGCCGCCGCCAAUGCAUUGUCUGACCAGACCAAGGCCAAUCCUCUGGAUGCCACUGGCAAGAGUGUGGCAGACUUGCUCACUGAGAAUGGAUUUGCCAAUUUCAUCGCCCAAGAUGCCGCUGGUGGAACCACUGAGCCUGCAGCUGGCAACGCAGGUGGUGACGCAGGCGACGCAGGUGACGCAGGUGACGCAGGCGACGAUACUGGCAACGCAGGUGGUAACGCUGGCGGCAAUGCUGGCAACGGAGGAGCCGCCACGGAUUGCAAUGCCGCCCCUGUAGCAACUGACAAUUACAUCGCAGCCGCCACAGCCACAUCCGCAGCUCAACAGACUGCAACCACCAGUGCUGCCGGUGCCGGAGCCACUGGAGACGCUGGCGACGGCGCAGACAAUGGCGGUGCUGCUGACACAGACGGCGCUGACUUCGGUCAAUGUGUUCCCACUAUGAAAUUCGAAGGCGGCAUUGGCGGCAGACCUGCUACUGAGUUUACCUUCCUGCCCAUUGAUCCUUUGGUCGCUCAAGGCCAACAAGAGGCGUUGAACCCUAACAUCAUCACCAACAGAAUCUGCGACCAACUGACUAACGUCUGUGACGCCAACGCGGCAGCCAAGACCCUGUGUACGGACGCCCAAGCCCAGAUCCUCGCACUGGGCACCCGCGACAAGAGCACCGCUGAUACCUGGAACACCCUGCUGGGCUUCCCUGGCACCGUGACUAACCCCAGCGGUGGCCCGGCCGAGCCUCCUGCCAAGAUGAGAGUUGUUCGUUCCUUCAGGGCAUGA